AUGGCCGACUUCCAGCACAUACGCUUGUCCAACAAGCCCUCAGCUCAAAUCUCCUACAGCUUCCAUCCACCCGUGAACUGUACGAAGCCAGUAUUGAUUGUGUUUCUGAAUGGGCUCGGACUACCACAGGUCGCUUGGUUACCGGCAAUUGCCCAGCUGAAGCAGAUUCAGCAGAGCACUUCCAGCGCUUCCCCGGCUAUUCUGACCUACGACCGCUUCGGUCAGGGACAGACCACCGAUCGUGAUCCACAAGACGAAGGGGCCCCGGACCCAUUCCACGGCCAUGACUGUGUCGCUGCCGUUGAAGAUCUCCGCCAGCUUAUUACCCAGAUCAGUUCGCAAAAGCUGGGCAUCACAGACGUCGACAGCGUGGCUGUAGUGAUUGUUGCGAAUUCCAUCGGAUGUGCGUUGGCUCGACUCUACGCCCAGAGGUAUCCUGGGACCGUUGCUGGCCUGUUACUCCUCGACAGCAUUCUCGCCAAUUCCGAUUUUGUCUCUAUACUCCCCGAUCCGGACGCGGACGGCUUCGAAGCGAGCCAACUUCCCCCUGGCGUUACCCCCGAUGUCCUGCGCACUGCACGGGCAGGUAUACGACGUGUCUUCCAUCCCGAUGUCGGCAGCAAGGAAGGCUUGAGUCGAAAGAAUUUGAUGAGACUCCUCCCGGCCAGCGACAAGCCUGCCCUUGUCGGUCCCGGCCAGCAGCGCGGCGGCCCCUUUGUGACUGUUGUUGGACAUGACUUUGAAGCCUUUGCCGAAGAAUCCGCCAAAAUGGGCCGUUCCAAGUUACUCACCACGGUGUAUAUGAACCCGUACUGGCACAAGUACAACGAGGGGCUAGCAAAGAUAACCGAACCGGAAAGGAGUAAAGGGCCACUGCAAGCACCGCAUUCCGGGCAUUUUAUACAGAAGGACAACCCGGAGUUUGUGGCCCAAGAAUUGCAUGAGCUCCUCUCGAAAAUCAUGUAGGUAGCUAUGUCGGAGAGACUCUACGGGUGGAGGGGUGCUUGAAGUUAUACGAUAAGUUUCCAUGUUUCCGAAUUGCCCAACAGCAUGGGUAAUUAGAAUAGUAGUCAGAUACUAUCAUUCAAUUACAUGAACCAUUUAAAG